AUGACAUUCACGAAUGCGCCCGUCACGCGCCUGGCGGUCCUCGGACUCGUCUCCGUGUCCAUCGCCGCGAGCAUGCUCGACGUCAAGCACUACUUCUACAUCCUCAUCGACACCCACCUGUGGCGGUACCGGCAAUUCUGGCGGCUACUCGCCUACCAGGCUUGUUACACCAACUCGACCGAGGUGCUUUUCGCGGCCAUCUCGCUCUACAACAUGAGGGUUGUCGAGCGCAUGUGGGGGCCGCGCAAGUACGCCUCGUUCCUCAUCGUCACGUACCUGUUGACGGCCUUUAUCCCGCUGCUCAUCAUGGCCGUCCUCCGCCCGCUAUCUUCCACCCUCUUCAACUACAUGCCCGCCGGCCCGACACCCAUCAUCUUCGCCGUCCUCGCCCAGUUCUACGCCAUGGUGCCACACAUGUACAAGUACCGCGUGGCCACGUCGCAGGCCCCGCCGACGAGCGAGCCCUUCUCCGGCGUGACGUUCUCAGACAAGACGUAUCAAUACCUCAUCGCGUUCCACCUGUCGCUGCUGCAGUGGCCCGGCUCGGUGAUUGGGGCCGGCGUGGGGUGGCUCGUGGGACAUGCGUGGCGAGGCGGCGUGCUGCCGGUGGCGUUGAUGUCGUGGCGGUUGCCCGGAUGGAUGGUCGGGCUGAGCUCGCAAAGACGCAGCGCGGAGUUUGAAGGGCUGAGGCGAAGGCUGGAAGGGGAGAAUUCGACGGGCGUGUCGACGGGCGUGCAGGGGCAGCCCGACGGUGGGCAGGCGGAUAGACGGCGCACGAUGGGACAGCAGAUAGUAGAUCAGUUCCGCGAGGCGCUGUAG